AUGAAUAAAUUUUUAAUUACAUUAGCAAGAAUUCCAAAGUGUCAACCAAGAUUUGGAUUCGCUGACAUUUUGAAGGACAAAGAUAAAGGUGAUGAGAAAGUAUUCUUCACAAGAGAAGAUUGUAUACUAUCAACAUAAUUUAUUAGAAAAGUUGAUGUAAAAAUUACUCAAGAAAAUGAAAGAAAACAAUGAGAAGCCUAAAUCAUCAGGAAGUAAUGAUAAAGAGGACAAGGAAGAUUUGCAAGUAUUCAUAUGAAAUUAAUUAUAGAAAAUAUUUUCCAGAUAUAAGAUUAAUUAUACAGAUGCAUUGGUUGAGGAAGUCUUAAAUUGGAAGAGAGGAGAUUGAUAUAUAAUAAAAAUAUAAAUAAAAAGAAGAAUCAUC